AUGGCAGGAUUCCUUAAUAAGCUGAAGAGCGCGGGAACAGGGACCACGAGUCCCGCGGGCAAAGAUGCUGCAGCCAAGAAGAAAGAAGCUCUCGAGCCGCCCCCAGAAAUCACGCCUCUGGAGAAGAUGCUUCAAAAUGCUGGCCCUCUGCGAGACGACGGCACCGACCGCUUCUUUGGUCUCGAGAACUUCGGCAACACAUGUUACUGCAACUCGAUUGUGCAAGCACUAUUUUACCAGGAUGUUUUCAGGCAAAACGUCGUCAACUACCCGCCCUACUCCCCAUCCGAAACACCCAAUGGCGACGGCACGCGGCCCAAGGUACAAGUGAGCAUCCGACCGCCGAUGAAGAAGGAAGAACCGGUCAACCCAGCAGCGAAGCAAAAGGUGAGUGCGUCCGAGGCCAUGCGCCGGCGACAGGCUGCCAACCUGCCGCCCGUUCCUGGCCAACCUGGUCUGCGGCCUGAGGACCGGCCGGAUGCACCCGAGUAUAAGAAGAAGCAAGCCAUGAUCAAGGGCCCCGUCGUCGAGCUGAACCAAGAAAACGCCGACCCAUAUGGCAUGUCCGAAUGUACAUUCACCGGCCUGAAAGACAUUUUUGGCGCCUUGAUGCAGAGCGAAGACCGCGUCGGCGUUCUGAGCCCCCAGAGAUUCCUCGAGAUCUUCAAGCGCGACAACGAAAUGUUCCGAAACUCAAUGCACCAGGACGCACACGAAUUUUACGGCCUAGUCCUGAACGAUGUGAUCGCGAAUGUGGAGCAGAACGCUAGGAGGAUCCAGGAGAGAGAAGAUGCGAACGCUAGCGCCGGUCUGGCGCAAUCCGUGGAGAACGCGCUCGGUGCGGGAGUCUCUAGCCUAGUGCCCCAGGUGAACGGUGGUGCCAGGUCUCCGGGCACCGGAUGGGUGCACGACAUUUUUGAGGGCGUCCUUACCUCCGAGACGAAGUGCUUGACUUGCGAGACAGCAUCUCAAAGAGAUGAAACCUUCCUCGACUUGUCGAUCGAUCUGGAGGAACACUCCUCCGUCACUUCGUGUCUUCGCAAGUUCUCGGCAGAGGAGAUGCUUUGCGAAAGGAACAAGUUUCACUGCGAUCACUGCGGAGGCCUUCAGGAGGCAGAGAAGCGUAUGAAGAUCAAGCGACUGCCGAAGGUCCUCGCACUGCACCUGAAGAGGUUCAAGUACACGGAGGACUACAGUCGGCUGCAGAAACUCUUCCACCGCGUGGUGUACCCUUACCACCUGCGCAUGUUCAACACCACGGACGACGCGGAGGAUCCCGAUAGGCUGUACGAGCUCUACGCGGUUGUUGUUCACAUUGGAGGUAACGCCUACCACGGACACUACGUGUCGGUGAUCAAGACGCAAGAUCGAGGCUGGCUUCUAUUCGACGAUGAAAUGGUGGAGCCGGUCGACAAACACUUUGUGCGCAACUUCUUCGGCGACAAGCCCGGCACGGCGUGCGCCUACGUCUUGUUCUACCAGGAAACCACGUUUGAGAAGGUACAGGCCGAGAUGGAGGCCGAGGGACUGGAGGAGGUGAAGAUUGCCAACGAAACGGCGAACCUCGCAUCGGAGAAUGGCCAGGGCAACGGCAACGUCAUCCCUCUGACAAAGCAGAGCACGCAGCCGCUGAGCCCCAGCCUUGAGAGGGACACAAGCAACAGUCUCGCGCACGCUCAGACGGCGCCGGGCAUGGUCGAGGCGCCACCACGAGAAUCGUUGACGGACAACCCCCUGCCCAAGACGCCCAACCCGUUGACGACGGUUCCAUCUUUCCCCGCGGCGCCCCGCGUGGAAACUCGAGGAUCGACCAAGGAGGACAAGAAGCGCGAGAAGAGGGAACACGAAGCGGCGGAGAAAGUGCGCAAGCAGGCCGAAAAGGACAAGCGCAAGGCGGACGAGAAGCACUCGAAGGAGAUGCAGCAGCGCAGGCGAGAGCAGAGCAUCAGGGAAAACGAAGAGAUGCGCAGGGCGGUGGAGGAGAGCCGCAAGAUGGCAGAAGAAGAAGAGAAGAAGAACAACAAGGACGCGGGGGCGAGCCCCGGGGGGAUCCUGAGUCGCGCCAACCGCGGCAGCAAGUCGAUGACGAAGAAGAGCUUCAGCUUCCUCAACAAGGACAGAUCCGACACGGGGGAGAACGGCGCGAACGGUGACGGGUCGUCGAGCCCGGCGGAGAGCAAGCUCAAGGACCGAUUCAGCUUCAACCUCGGCCGCAGGAAGAGCAGCAACCUGCUGUCGUGA